CCGUGGUCGGAGAGGCUCGCGGGCAGCAGAGGAUGGUCUCGCGCUCCGCAGCAGCAUCGGGUCAUGUCCGCGCGGAGGGAGACCUGCCCGCGAGCCUCCUGCGGGACUGCGACGACUCCGCCUCGAGGACCCGGGACAGGAGGGGAGGCGUGUCCUCACAAGUUGGGAUCGACCAAUCACCUUCGACUUCUCCUCUACAUCCUGAUUCCCACCGUGAGUCUGCUGACGGGCCUGUUGCUGCUGAGUCUGCUGCUCACAGGUAUAUUUGGUAGCCCCCCACUCCCCUCCCCCGAGCCCAUCGCUGACAGCGACCCCGGGUACCGUGGCAACAGCACAAACCCCUCCCCCUUUCCUGAGACAACAAACGUCAGCUUCAGCACACCUGUUCCCCUAGCCUCCUCCUCCUCGCAGGCCCCGCCCACCCAGCCCUUCACGAAGACCCCUGAUUGGCUGACCUCGGUGACUUCGCUGAGCAGCACCUUGCCAAUUGGCAGCACCUCGGCUCCGGACUCAGGUCGCUGUCAGCUGAUCGUGGAGCCUCAGUGUCACAUGUUGCCCUACAACCAAACAUGGCUGUCCUCCUCCGUUGCCGUGGUGAAGAGCUCCGAGGUGGACAUGUUGCUACGGUUCUUCAGCUACCUCAACAGGCUGUCCUGCUACAGACACAUCAUGCUGUUCGGAUGCUCGCUGGCGCUCCCUGAAUGCACCGCCGGGACGCACGACCGGCGCGUCGUGCUGCCCUGCGCGUCGUUCUGCGAGGCGGCGAGGGAAGGCUGUGAGCCCGUUCUCCAGAUGUUCAACGCCUCCUGGCCCGAAUUCCUACGAUGCUCUCAGUUCAGCAACGUCACCUUUUCAUCAUCACCGUCAUCAUCAUCACCACCAGUCCCCGCCCCUCACGCCUGUUAUACGCCGAGACAGAUCAAAGGGAAACCCUCCGUGUGCGGCGGGACGCACAACUUCCUGUGCGCGACGGGGAUUUGUGUCCCUCAGAAGUUGGAGUGCAACGGGUACAACGACUGUGACGACUGGAGCGACGAAACCCACUGCGUUUGUUCGGAUGAAGAGUUUCGGUGCAGCACCGGCCGGUGUCUCUCGCCCGCUGUGGUGUGUGACGGCUACGACGACUGUGGAGACCUGAGCGACGAACUCAGCUGUGUGUGUGAUGAGGCUCGUGAGCAUCUCUGUGGUGACGGUCGCUGUGUGUCCAGAGACUGGCUGUGUGACGGAGACCACGACUGUCUGGACAAGAGCGACGAGCUCAACUGCUCCUGUAAGAGCCAGGGUCUGUUGGAGUGCAGGAACGGUCAGUGUAUUCCUUCUGCGUUCCGUUGUGACGGAGAGGACGACUGUAAAGACGGCAGCGACGAGGAGCACUGCAGCCAAGAGCAGACUCAAGGUGUGUGUCCUCCCGGUCAGCCCAGCUGCAUCUCCACUUCCUGUCCGUCAGUGUGUGUGGGGGGCGGAGCCGCCUGCGACCCCCGAACCAACAACAACAACAACAACAACAACUGCACUCGCUGUGAGCCCAUCAGCCUGGAGCUGUGCAUGAACCUGCCCUACAACCUGACCAGCUACCCCAACUACCUGGGCCACCUGUCCCAGAGGGAGAGCUCCGUGUCCUGGGAAGCCUCCCUGUUCCCGGCCCUGGUCCAGACCGGCUGCUACCAGUACCUCAUGUUCUACGCCUGCACGCUGCUGGUCCCCAAGUGUGACCCGGUCAGCCUGCAGAGGGUCCCGCCCUGCCGGUCGUUGUGUCGCAGUGCGAAGGAGAAGUGUGAGUCGGUGCUCGGCAUUGUGGGAUUGCAGUGGCCGGAGGACUCAGACUGCAGUCAGUUUCCAGAGGAGACCGGAAACACUACAUGUCUACUGCCAGAGGACGGAGUCGACGAGUGCUCCCCCAGCCACUUCAAGUGUAGGUCGGGUCGCUGCGUCCUAGCAACCAAACACUGUGACGGACACCUGGACUGUGACGACCACAGUGACGAGGACAACUGUGGCUGCUCUGAGCGCGCUCUGUGGGAGUGUCCCGGCAGUAAAGUGUGCAUCAAAGCCAGUAUGAUCUGUGACGGGUUCCCAGACUGCCCCCUGCUGGUGGACGAGGCCAACUGCUCGCUGUGCAGAGACAACGAGCUGUCCUGUAACAACCAUCAGUGCGUCCAUCGGACUCUGUGGUGCGACGGGAAGAAACACUGUUCAGACAGCUCGGAUGAAUGGAACUGUGUGUCUCUGUCCGAUCGAUCGGGUUCUGUAUUGACGGUCUUCAGAACAGCAGCAGAGUAUCAGGUCUGUGCAGACGAGUGGAACCAAGAGCUGAGUCAGCUGACCUGCAGCCAGCUGGGACUAGGAGUUCCCUCCUCUGUUUCCAUGGUACCCGACCGCCCGGGCAUCCCGGGCCGUCGCCGUUGGUUACACGUUCACCCCGAGUGGAACCGGAGGAACGGUUCUGCUCUGCAGGCGCGACUGGAGAAGAGAAGUCAUGCGUGUCAUUCCAGGAGGAGAGUAUCUCUGCUCUGCACCAGAGAAGAGUGUGGGCUCCGCCCGUCGCUGAGCGUCUUCCCCCACAGGAAGAAGAGGAUUCUGGGAGGGCGUGUCUCCCGGCGGGGGGCGUGGCCUUGGCAGUGCUCACUGCAGAGCGGCCAGAGCGGUCACGUCUGCGGCUGCGUCCUCAUCGACCGGCGGUGGGCUCUGACCGUCGCCCACUGCUUCGAGGGGAGGGAGAGCGCUGACCUGUGGAAGGUGGUGCUGGGUCUCAACAACCUGGACCACCCAGGGGUCCACAGUCAGAGCCGCGGGGUGCGUUCCAUCAUCGUGCACCCGCGAUACAACCGGGCGGUGGUAGACUACGACAUCAGCGUGGUGCAGCUGGACUCCGCGGUCGAAGAGACGCCGUUCGUCAGCCCGGUGUGUCUGCCUGAACCCGACCGGCUUCCCUCUCCUGAUUCCUACUGUUACAUCACAGGCUGGGGUCACAUGGGCAACAGGAUGCCCUUCAAGCUGCAGGAAGGGGAGGUUCGGAUCAUCUCGCUGUCUCAGUGUCAGUCUUACUUCGACAUGAAGACCAUUACUCCCAGAAUGCUUUGCGCCGGUUACGAUGCCGGAACCGUCGACUCCUGCAUGGGCGACAGCGGUGGGCCAUUGGUGUGCGAGGAGGGCAGCGGUCGCUGGACGUUGUUCGGCCUGACGUCGUGGGGCAGCGUGUGCUUCAGCAAAGUGCUCGGACCCGGCGUUUAUAGCAACGUGACGCACUUCACCUCCUGGAUCCAACAACAGAUCUACAUCCACACGUACCUGAACGACUGACACACACACCUUUUGUUCCUCUACCUGUGCCUAUAUCUGUUCUGAUCGCCUUCAGAUGCCAACUGCUAUAUGAGCAGUAUUAUAAAUGUGUAUUAUAGAGUUUAACUAGUUAGCUAAUAGAGCUGCAAUUAGAGUUCAUACGAUUAAGCCUUCACUAAUUAAUGAUAAUUUUUAUUAAUCGACAGGUUUGUCUCUCAGAAACAUGUGUGGAAGAAAUUUAAUCUGAUAAUCAAUUGCACACCUAAUGACGUUUAACCACUGCAGGUUACUCAAUGUUGGAAUUUAAAUAUCAAUGUAUUUGUAGCAUUAGAAUAUGUUACUAACAAAACAACAAAUUAAUUAAUCAUGAAUCCAGUCUGGUUCACAAAAUAAAAUGUGUUAACGUCAUAACAUUUUUGGUAUUCAAACUGCAACACGUCGACAGUAUGAAGGUGACAAUGACGAGAGGUAGUCGACAGGAUGAAGGUGACAAAGACUAGACGACAGGAUGAAGGUGACAACGACGAGACGUAGUCGACAGGAUGAAGGUGACAAAGACUAGACGACAGGAUGAAGGUGACAACGACGAGACGUAGUCGACAGGAUGAAACUGACAAAGACGAGACGACAGGAUGAAGGUGACAAAGACGAGACGACAGAAUGAAAAGACGAGACGACAGGAUGAAGGUGACGAGACGACAGGAUGAAGGUGACAAAGACGAGACGACAGGAUGAAGGUGACAAAGAUGAGACGACAGGAUGAAGGUGACAAAGACGAGACGACAGGAUGAAGGUGACAACGACGAGACGUAGUCAACAGGAUGAAGGUGACAACGACGAGACAUAGUCGAAAGGAUGAAGGUGACAAAGACGAGACGACAGGAUAAAGGUGACAAAGACGAGACAUAGUCGAAAGGAUGAAGGUGACAAAGACGAGACGACAGGAUGAAGGUGACAACGACGAGACGACAGGAUAAAGGUGACAAAGACGAGACAUAGUCGAAAGGAUGAAGGUGACAAAGACGAGACGACAGGAUGAAGGUGACAACGACGAGACGUAGUCGAAAGGAUGAAGGUAAUAAAGACGAGACGACAGGACUAAGGUGACAACGACGAGACGAGAGGAUGAAGGUGACAACGACGAGACGUAGUCGACAGGAUGAAGGUGACAAAGACGAGACGACAGGAUGAAGGUGACAACGACGAGACGUAGUCGACAGGAUGAAGGUGACAAAGACGAGACGACAGGAUGAAGGUGACAAAGACGAGACGACAGGAUGAAGGUGACAAAGACGAGACGACAGGUCGAAGGUGACAAAGACGAGACGACAGGAUGAAGGUGACAACGACGAGACGUAGUCGACAGGAUGAAGGUGACAAAGACGAGACGACAGGAUGAAGGUGACAACGACGAGACGUAUUCGACAGGAUUAAGGUGACAAAGACGAGACGAGAGGAUGAAGGUGACAACGACGAGACAUAGUCGACAGGAUUAAGGUGACAAAGACGAGACGAGAGGAUGAAGGUGACAACGACGAGACAUAGUCGACAGGAUUAAGGUGACAAAGACGAGACGAGAGGAUGAAGGUGACAACGACGAGACGUAGUCGACAGGAUGAAGGUGACAAAGACGAGACGACAGGAUGAAGGUGACAACGACGAGACGUAGUCGACAGGAUGAAGGUGACAAAGACGAGAUGUAGUCGGCAGGAUAAAGGUGACAAAGACGAGACGACAGCUUGAAGGUGACAACGACGAGACGUAGUCGGCAGGAUAAAGGUGACAAAGACGAGACGUAGUCAACAGGAUGAAGGUGACAACGACGAGACGACAGGAUGAAGGUGACAACGACGAGACGACAGGAUGAAGGUGACAAAGACGAGACGACAAGAUGAAGGUGACAAAGACGAGACGACAGGAUGAAGGUGACAAAGACGAGACGACAGGAUGAAUGUGACAAAGAUGAGACGUAGUCUGAAACCCAAACCAACCGCAAUCAGUUGAACAACGUAUCAAGAACACAAACUCUUUUGUUCCAGUUGUGAAACGGCUUUAAGUAUUCAGAAGUUAUAUUUCGGUGUUGGUUGUUUAUGAAAUUUAAAUGAUAGACUUUCUUUGUUUCCAGAAACACGUCACUUGCACUUGUUAUUGCUUUACUUAGCGUUGUGGCCGCAGUAACACAGAGGGAUAUAUACUUCCUGAUGGGAAGAUUUCAUUAUUAGAAUAUUGUUGGAUUAUUACAAAGUAAACUUCAAGUGAACUCAAUGUUGGGUUUACGUGUGUGUUGGAUGUAAACACACACUUCAUUUCCAUGACAUCAUCCGAUUGUCUGCUUUGAGUGUUGAAACUUUUAAUUAUCAUAAAAGUCAUAACAUUCACUUGUUUUGAAUUUCUAAAAGCUGCUAUCUUAAACAGACCAGUUGAGCACUCAACUUCCCACAAUGCUUCACUCUAUCGUGCCUGUACUUAAAGUUAGCAGUAGGAAAACAAGCUUGUUACCUGUACAACGUUGUACUGUACGCGUGUGUGAGAGAGGAUGCUUUUGUUUGUUCUAAACAAACUGGCAACUUAUUUGGGCAACUUAUGGACGACAUUGAUCUUCAAACGACACAAGAGGCUCAACGCGGUCUAAGAUUUACAGUCCAGACAUUUUGAACUUCAAUCAUAAAUGACGGGUUUGUGAAGAAUAAAGAAACAUUAAAAUGGGGUUGGGAGGUGUACCUGUAGCACACAGGAAUACUAACGGAUUACUGCUGAUUCAUCAUGUUAACAAUGAAUGAGCGUAAAUUAGCUUCUAAAUUAAGAGACAAAACGCUUGUUAGCUAGCACCGCUAACACAAAUAACACAUUGGCACUAAAAUGAGAAGCACAAAUAGAGCAUUUUCCUAUUAUAGAUCAUUAUUGGUUUCUGUGACGUUGGCAGUAAGCUACAUUAGCUUGCGCUAAGUAUUUAGGAGUUUUACACUAAAGCUAAGUCAAGCUAAAGAUAGUUAGCAGAUGACAUUUAAAAGACAAAGUCAAACUCUUUCAAUAACUAUUUAAACAUUAAGUUACAUUUGACCUAUUUAGCAGGUAGCUAGUUAGCUAUUGCCCAACAAAUUGACGUCUAACUGACAUCCAGAACAUUCCAAGUGGUUGUUGUUGUUUCAGUUUUAGUUGUUUUGUGUGUGUUUGGUUUUUUAAGAGUAUUUUUCUACAGCUUUUUGUAUGUCAUGCUUAUUACACCUGUGUGUGUGUGUGUGCGUGUGUGUGUGUGUGUGUGUGUGUGUGUGUGUGUGUGUGUGUGUGUGUGUGAGUGUGUGUGUGUGUGUGUGUGUGUGUGUGUGUGUGUGUACAUGCAGUCAUGUGACGUACAGACUGUAUGUUUGUAUGUGAUUUGCCUUGUGAGCGUGUUUCUGAUGUCACUUCCUGGUUUAGCUGUUAGCUGUCAUAAUGAUGAUGAUGAUGAUGAUGAUGAAGAAGAGUGUCCCUGUUUAAUUAUAUGGAUUUAAAUGCUUCAGACUUUAGCCGCUAAUGUUUUUGUGUAACCGUGAACAAUUGGUUUGUAUCACCUUGUAACCCACAAAUAAAAGUAUACAAGCACU